AUGGAAGGGCCUGAUAUUCUAAGCAAUGGUCAUGCCAGCCCACUCGCCUUGCCAUUAGCACCAUCGAGUUUGCUUGGUGGCAUCGUCGCCAGCACUUCGUUCUUACAUGCUUUGUUGCCAGCUACCGUCGAUGACCUGUUCUCCUUGGUGCCGCACCACACAAUCUUCAGUCCAAUCGCAACUGUCCCCUUGCCGUUUCUCUGGAACCUUUUGACAGCGCACCUGUACGAAGCCAGUCUGCUGCGUGCACUUCUCUUGGCUCCGGCGAUGGUGUUGAUGGUGCUGCUGCAAAUUACCCGGAUUCUGGAACACCUCCAUGGUGAAGAUGAGCGUUGGCAAGACUUUGUGCUGAGCGCCUCCCGCGUUGAUGUGCAAGAGCUCUUAGCAAGCCUUUAUGAUGUUAAAGGCGAUGCUAAACAACCAGCAGUGGGACAACUUGAUGUUUGGCUUGGCUUCCUCAAGUUGGACGACAAACUUCCUACUGUUCCAUGCUUGGAGCGACUGCUGUAUGAAAGCGAGCGAGGCAGUGCAGAGGGAGCCGAUGUGAUCGCCCUUUUCCUCGUGGAUUUGUUUGUGCACCCGAGCAGUGUGGUGGACUUGCGCAGUCUUCUCAGGAAGGCGAUGGGAUCUGGCCGGGCUGAGAGCUAUGUUUUCAAUGAAGAUGACCCGGCCCUUUUGCUGCGGCAGAUUCCAGCACAACUGGUGAAAGCGACGGAUGAUGGCCUUCGGCAUGUGUCGAUGCAUGUGGCGGUGAAGCGUCAAUACGUCCGCGACUUUGAUGCUGACAGUGCGAUUAGCCACAGCGACUGUUUCCCAGAGACUUUGGCCCUCACGUGCAAGUCAGCGAGAAAGAAUGAGUUUGAGCCGUGCUUCAAAUCUGUUUUGAAGCAAGAGGUCUUGCUUCACGUCAAUGGUUGCGAUGUUGACCUGGUUCUUCUUGGGGCCAAUUUGGACACUCAUGACGAUGCCAAGCUAGGCCAAGUGGAGGCAUUAGAGCGGAUGCUACAGGUUUCGCAGCGUGGGAGUGCCAAGUUUUGUGCCCUAAUGUGGGGAGACUUCAACAAUCGCUUGGUGGCUUCUGAUGAUUUGAAAGCAGGCGUCAAAGAGACCAAAAAAGGUUUCGAGAUUCUAGAUGUUGGCGCUGAGUAUUUAGUUGAUUGCAUCUUGGACGGAUCGCGGCGUUCUGAGCUCCUCCAGAAGGAUGCGCUGACCUAUUGCGGCUUGGACCUGACAGGUCGGCCGUUUCGUGCCCCUCGGUGCAAUCGUCGACUCCUGGAGCUUUUUGAGACGGGCAUCGAAGCGGCGAAAGAAGCGGACGCCUUGGAGUUGCCGUUGCCCAGCUACAAGUAUAUGCCUUUGGAAACAAUCCUCUCACAGAGCCUCCAGCACCAGAUACGCUUGCUGGAAGUCGUGUGCUUGGAUUCUUUGCAGCCCGUCGACUGGAGCCAGUUUCUCUCCGCUGAGAUGACCUAUUUUAGUGAUUCGGCAAGAUAUGUGCAUAGAGAUUCCAAUGGCAAUUUGCUCUUACCACUGGGCUGGCCAGAUGGCGUUGGCGUGUGGAAGGCCAACACCGUGGCAGCUAGCAUCCAGCAAUGGCAGAGUGAGUGGAACUUGCGAUCCUUUGAUCACUUGCCGAUGCGUUCCUUGCUCUCGCUGAAGCUUGGAAGCGAAAGAACCGAAAGGGAACGCAAAGAACUGAAAGUUUGGCUUGGCUUUGUCAAACUUUAUGGAAAGAAACCCACACUGGAGGCACUUACGGAGCUGCUCUAUCGGGAUGACACAUGCUCAGCCGUGGACUGCGAUGUUAUUGCGCUGCACCUUGCAAGUGCCUUCGUCACACCAGAAUGCAUCUCUGAUUUCCAGAGUGUGCUCAAGAAAUGCAUGGCAUUGCGGGACGCAUUGAACACCAAAGACUAUGUGUUCAAUGAGGAUGAUCCAGCGCUGCCUUCAAGCCAGAUUCCCGCAGAGGUGGUGAAUCGAACAGAGGAUGGAAUGACGUUCGUCUCCAUGCAUGUUGCAGUCAAGCGGAAGCACAUUCGCAAAGUUGAUGGAAGCGAUUUCAUCAAGUAUCAUGACUGCUUUCCUGGCCCGACCUCCGUAGUGGGCAAGUCAGGUUUCGAGAACGAGCGCAGCGAGUACAGAGUGAACGCAACGAGCACGGAUCAUCCCAGGCUCGUCUUGAGACAAGACGUCCUUCUGUGGGUUGAUGGUCGCGAAGUGGAUGUGGUUCUUCUUGGAGCUGACCUGGACACCAAUGUUGCGGCACGGCUCGUUCAAGUGAACGCUUUAGAGCGGCUGUUGAGGAUGGCCAGCCGAGAUCGCACAAACUUUUGUGCCUUGUGCUGGGGUGAUUUCGCCAAUCCACUGGUUGCCUUCGAAGGCAUGAAGGAUCAUGUUGUUUUCAAAGAGGGCAAGUUUGCGAUCCCAGACUCAGGAGUCAGGUUUCUGCUAAAUUGCUUACGAGAACCGUCUGAACGAUUGGCAUUGCUGCACAAAGACUCUCUGACCUAUUCCGGGGCAGACGUGACAGGGAAACCUCACCAAGCCCCACCAUGCAACAUCAAGCUCAGGCAAAUGUUUUCCUUAUCGUUGGAUGCAGCGUUGGCCUCCGGAGUGGUACCCUGGCCCUUCUACCAGGUCCAGCCUUUCGAGGUGACGCUCGCCCAGCAGCUGGGUUGUCGGCUGAAACUGGUGGAGAUGGCUUCGCUGAGCCGCAUCAGAGCACUGAGCCCUUUGACUUGGCCUCACUCCUCAAGCACUUUGGAACGUGAAGGUCUGCUGUCUGCAUACUUUAAUUGGACGGAAGACGGCAAGAAGAUGCAGCGGAAGAUUCGAGUGGAACAUGUUGAGAAUGACCGGAAGGACAACUACUAUUUGCAGUUUGGCUGGUUGGAUGGCGUCGCGUGGUACAAAAAGAACUCGGUGAAGACGACCCUUUGUUGCUGGGAGACAGUGCAGAGUGUGCAGGCCUUCGACCACUUGCCCAUGAGGGCCAAAAUGCAGGUCAUGCUUUGA